AUGGCCGAAGCACUUGGGGUUGCUGCUAGCGGUAUUGCCGUUGCGCAGAUUGCUAUCCAGGUCGGCGGCACCGUAGUCAAACUAAAGCAACUUUGGGAUGAAGUGAAAGAUGUUCCCGAUGACAUCGCUGAUCUGAUGGACCAGAUCGACUGUCUAGAUCCCGUCCUAUGGGAAGUCGAAAAUGGGUUCAAUAAGAGCGAACUACCGUCGAUGCUCUGGGAUAACUUAGCUUCCAAGUCAACCACCAGAUAUUGUCGCAAGGCUCUUGAGAACCUAACUGCAAUGGUUGAGGAGUUGAAUCUCCAAAUAAAUACCGCUAAAAGGGGCCGAAGAAAGAUAGUAGCCAUCAAGGUUCUACUCAAGAAGGACUCCAUUAAGAAGCUGGAAAGACGACUUGAGAAUGCUGUCCGAAUGCUAACAUUAGCUCAACAAUCCUAUCUCGUCGCCCUCACCCAGGUGCAACCUGAUAUCAUAGUCCAGAAAUUUACUACUCUUACGAUCCAUAAAAAGCAAUACGAGCCACAAGAAACAUCUGAUUUCGCAUCGAAGACAGAGGUGCAGACCGUUUCACCGUUGCGCCAUGGGCAACAAGAUACCGGCGACAUAUAUACGAAGCCUCGCUGGGUAUAUAAGACAAGACUGACUCGUCCUAAUAACUUUGGCAGAAUUUACGUCGAAUCUUUCGCGGCAGGCAGUAGAGUCCUAUUUCAAGCUCCAGUGUGGUUUUCUCAUCGAUCAUGGGAACUACAUAGCAUUAAGGCGAACGGAGCUUGGCAAUUGAACUUGAGGUCAUACAGGCUCAUUCCUGAAGAUAGUAAAGUUAUAGCAUUAUCACGAAGAGGAUCCCCACAGGACAUUCAAAGGCUCUUUGACGCAGGGUUGGCAUCUCCAUACGACUACACUUAUUGCGGGUGGAGUUUAUUCACUAACGUAAGGGUGUGGCUAGAGGCACUGGAGCAGGCUGGUAUUGAUUUGGAAGCCUAUGGCCGACGUGAACACGAAAUCUUUGUUGAAAGGAAAUAUGAGUUUUACACUGCGUACUAUCGCGAAAUGCGCCCCAUUGGCUUCAAAUUUGGCCCAAAGCCAGAAGAUUGGGAAUUCUAUUUUUACGAGCCUAUAGAUGAUUAUUUCAGCGAGUUCUGGAAACUGAUUGAGGACCCACCUAUCCGUGUUCCAGGGUCUUGGGUCGAUGAUGAUGAUGAUAAUUAA